CUGGCACUGCUGGGCUGGGGGAGAUGCGCUCUCGGGCGACCGCCAGGACCUGCAGUACAGUCUGCAGGUGCCUGCUGUCUGGGUUUGGGGGUCGUGUGGAAGGGACGCAGCCAGAGCGGGUGACGGGAAGGGCGAGCGCACACGUGGAGCUCCCCGGGGCCGGCGGGCCGGCGGCAGCCCCCGAGCACCAAGAGGGGAGCGAGGCGCUGGUGGACAUCUGUCGGAGAAGGCAUUUCCUCAGCGGCACCCGGCUGCAGCUCAGCCCAGACUGUCUCCUGAACGGGCGCCACCCGGGCUUGGGGCCCUGGGGCGUGGAACUGCGCAGGAAUCUGGCGGCAGAAUGGUGGUCCUCGGUGGUGGUGUUCCGGGAGCAGGUGUUCCCGGUGGACGGCCGCCAUGGGGAGCCGGGGUCGGCGCCUCGUGGGGACGGGGCCUUCAGGUUAGUCUCUACUGAAACCCUGCGCCAAAUCUUGCAAGACAAGGAGCUGAGUAAGGAAGAGCUAGUAGCAUGUCUUGAGAACUUGCUAGACACUGCGGGGAAGCUGCGGGAGAGCCUCCUUCACGGUGCUUUGGAACAUUAUGUUAAUUACCUGGAUCUGGUCAAUAAGCGGCUGCCUUUCGGGCUUGCUCAGAUCGGAGCGUGCUUUCUUCCCGUUUCUGACACUCAGCAGACACCCGAUGGCGUGAAAAGAAUUGGUGAGAAGACAGAAGCUUCCCUGGUCUGGUUUGCCUCUCCAAGAACUUCAAGCCAGUGGCUUGAUUUCUGGUUACGCCAGCGACUCCUGUGGUGGAGAAAGUUUGCCGUGAGCCCAUCGAACUUCAGUAGUAGUGACUGUGAGGAUGAGGAGGGUCGCAAAGGAAGCAAACUGUACUACAGUUUUCCCUGGGGCAAGGAGCCCAUAGAAACCCUGUGGAAUCUGGGAGAGGAAGAACUUCUACACAGCUUUCCUGGAGAUGCCACCAGAUUACAUGGCCGAGAUGGACGCAAGAAUGUGGUUCCUUGUGUCGUGUCUGUGAGCGGGGACCUGGACCGCGGCGUGCUGGCCUACCUCCACGAUUCUUUCCAGCUGACAGAGAACUCCUUCGCCAGAAAGAAACACCUGCACAGAAAGGUACUUAAGCUCCACCCUUGUUUGGCCCCUAUCAAGGUUGCUCUGGAUGUAGGAAGAGGCCCAACAGUGGAACUCAGGCAGGUCUGUCAAGGACUAUUUAAGGAGUUACUAGAAAGUGGCAUUUCUGUAUGGCCUGGUUAUUUGGAAACUGUGCCAUCUUCACUGGAACAGCUCUAUUCAAAGUAUGAUGAAAUGAGCAUCCUUUUCACUGUUCUGGUUACCGAAGGAACUUUGGAGAACGGCUUAGUCCACCUGAGGAGCAGAGACACCACAAUGAAGGAAAUGAUGCAUAUUUCCAAAUUAAAGGACUUUCUGAUCAAGUAUAUAGCAUCAGCUCAGAAUGUGUAGAUAUUUAUACAAUAAAUAUUUUUCUCUGCUGAUUGGUUGUUU